AAAGGUGAAUGCGAGUAUCACGUCGCAUGUUGCUUAAUGGUUUAUAUCUAUUUUCUGCAUUCGCAAUAAUAUAUCUUUACAAAUGGUCUGCUCAAAGUUCAAAAUAUAAACUGCCAGCAUCUACAAAACUUGGUUGGCGAGACCAACAAAAUAGCGAUUCUCAGAUAUUCCAAGCUUUUCAAGAUUGUUUUCGUCCAAAACUUGAACCAAUUAAAGAUAACCUUCACACGUUUUGGUUCGAAUUUGCCAAUGCAACUAAAGAUUGCAACAAUUUAAAAGAAUACGAUUCUCUUGAUAUUCGGGCUGCUCCAAAUAAAGAUGAGAUCAAAUAUGUGGCGUUUCCAAAGAAUAAUGAUGAACAACUUACCAUGGUGACACUUGGAAUAGGACAUGAUAUACAAGCAGAACUUCAUUUGAAAGCGAUGUACCCCAAAGUUCAAUUUCACGGCGCGGAUCCAGGUGUUGUUGUGAACAAAGACUUAUACGAGAAUAAGUUGGGCGGAAGUUACUACCACUAUGCAGUGAGUGGGGAAACCGGAAUGCAAAAAUCCAAAGUUUAUACAGUAAGAGGCUUCACACUUGACGCAACGAAACACAUUCAGGCUGACUAUUUUUUCAAGAAUGUACUUAAUAAAAAUAGGAUUGACAUUCUUUGGAUGGACAUCGAACAAAAUGAAUACGGAAUUCUUGAGCAAAUACAUCAGAAUGGAAAGUUGGAUCAGGUCGACGUUAAGAUAUGUCAGAUAAACGUUGAAUUCCAUAAAGAUGUUUUUGGAGAAUCAGAAGUCGAAAUGCGACAAUUCCGUGACUUCGUGUACAAGGUGUUGGACGACAAGAAAUAUAUCAUCCUUAAACCAUCGUUCGCAAAGUAUAAAACUAUUGGCUUCGUGAGAGCUUUUAUUGUAAAUAUUGCUGACAACGAGUGUACUAAUUUAUAUAUAAAAUAAAAUUUUUUGACAGGA